ACGUCGCCUAGAACCAUUGUUCGAGGAGGAAACGGAAAGUGAUGAAGAGAAAACGCAACAGGAAAGUGAAGAAUUGAAAAAGGGGGAAACAACGACAAAUGGCCACUAUUUAGAGGAUUCGGAAGCUGGAAGUUCCAGCGAGGAGGAGGAAGCGGAGGACGAGGGGGAGGAGGAGGAGAUGGAGGAUCAUGUGAAUACAGCGGAUUACGAGGAGGAGGACGAGGAUUUGACCUCAACGGAGGAACGGCUACAGCCACAGCUGCAAACCACAAUUUUGGGUCCUCGACCCUUGACUACAACACCAGUUGGUCAAGUAAACGUUUUACCUCCAGCAGUACUGAAGGCCUCAUCUUGCGAGUACCUCUUGGAUCGGCCUAUGAUCAGCAACGAGGCUACAACAAUAAUGGCUACGACGAUGGCUACAACAGCCGGCAGCGUUACAGCAGCAGUCGAAGUCGCAACCUGCUCGACGAAGAUGAUGACGACGUCGACGACUACAGUAACGAUGAUGACAGCAACAACAACAGCCACCGCAGCCAUGACAACGCCGGCAAUGGAGACCUCUACUACGAUGGCCUCAACAACACGGACAACACCGAAUCGGGUAGCCUCGUCGGCAUCUACAACAAUCAGCAGCGCGAACGUCACUACCGCGAGCGAGAAAGACGUCAAAACAACAAUGCCGGCGGAGCCGAAGAACGAAGUGAAAAUUGUGCCACGACCAGCGAAAUUUAUACCACCUCCACCGCCGCCACGUCGUCUCUUAUUGACUCAAACAAAUCUCAAGACAAGUGGAGCGGAUACAAAAACAGCGGCAGCAAAAGUGCCCCAACCUCAACGAAAAUCUGGCGGUUUUGCUGACACUGGCUCUUCCGUGGGUGCCAAAGAAGGCGCGGCUUACGACGCCAGCCCUGCUAUACCCACGGCAAAUAUAGUCGGACCGCAACACACGAAGAUCACGACAACGACAACCACCACGAACACGACGACGAUGAAGAUGACGACAGCGACACCGAAAACUACCAACGUAGAGGAUGUUAUCAGAAAUUAUUCCGCAAAACCCACAAACAGGAGCAUGUGCGACUCAAUGAAACCCCCAACCGGGCAACCACAGCCACAACAGCCUCCGGAACCGCAACAACGACUAUCAUCAACAAUAAUCGAGACCUCAUUGCUCAGUCUAAUGGACAACAGCAGCAGCUGCAAAACCAAUCGAACGCACUGCACAUCAUCAACAACAGCUUCGAAGAUGAAGGGGAAAUGUCCCAUGAAACCCGAACGCAAACAGGUGGCAACGACACAAACCCCGACGUCGCGAGAUUUGGAUCAGCAACUGCAAAUGGAGAUGCAGCGACGACCGCAGGACGAACCCGAAAACGAUUCCACAUCGACUUGUGCACAGCCCGUAGUAGUUGGCUCGGCCUUAAGUCCUCGCCUCGAGAUGCGUUUGGCCCUCAAUCAGGAUAUAAUGGGCGACGAAGAUUUGAUAAGUUACGAUCCUGGGCCAGAUCUAACAACUAUUCUGGUGCACGACCUCUCAACAUUUCAUCGUCUGACGGGCAGAGAUUUAUUGAAUCGCUCGGCCAUGAAUCGGGUUCAACCAAAAGAGGCUGUCAUAUCGUACUCUCAACAGCGAAACUCGAAGAUGGAUACGCCCACAGUGAAUCGCAGGCCACGACCUCAUCUCAACAGCAGCACCAACAACGGUCAUGCGGCCACCAACACCACCACCUGCACCGGCAUAACGGCGCCCAGUCCGACAACGACAGCGGCCGUCUCGUCAAUGCCCUUCGCUGGUUCGGUACGUGUCGGCGACGUUCAACAACACCUGCAGCCAAAUCGAAAUACAUGGAGCAGUUUUGCAUUUGCGGAUCGAAAUCGAGACGCGAACGCCAGCGACGCAAACAGCAAAGACGACAGCAAGCUAAGCGAUCUCGAAAUCUUAGCGAGACGAGAGAAGAUAUAUUGCAUGUCUCAAUUGAGGAGUGGCUCACGAGUCAAGACGAUGACGACGACGAUGAUGACAUCAACGAAAAUCAAGGCCUCCACAACAACAACAGCGACCGUCAGCAAUUCAUUGAACAAUCCUCUGAUGAGGACGACGAGUACUACUUCGAUGGCCGGUGUGAGUGAAGAGGCGGGUAGUAGCUCGAAAAAGAGCCAGAGUCGACAGCGUAAAAUAAGUCGUGAUGAGACCGCUCUAAUGGAAACGGGCAAGGCAAAUAAAUUAAUAAAUUUUAUUAAACGUCGCAAUUCUGAAAUACCCCCGAGCGCCAAUAACUCACAAACCUCGCUUAAUGAUUCCAAUUCUAGUAGCACGCCUCAGCACGCCAAGCAGGCACCGAUGUCGCCACGCAAGGAUAAUGACAAACCGUCACUGAAUCGCCGCCUUUGGAAACAAAUUACAAAACGACGACGUUCUAAUUCGGUUUCCGAACUAGUGGCAUCUUAA